AUAAUGAGCUUCGAAAUAUAGUUCGCAUUGCUCCUGCGAUCCUCUCUUCAAAUAUAUAAUUUUAGAAUUUCAGGUACUCUAUGUGAAGUGCGAUUAUGAAAUAUCGUUGAUUAUUUUGAUAACUGAACACUGAGUGUCUGAGAUAAUAGAUUUUUGGUAAAGUUGGAAGUAUUCAGCUAAGAAGAUUAAAAUUUAUAAUGGAUACAACAUUUCUACCGGAAUCUUUACAGCUUUUGGUAAAAAAUUGGAUGUUGUGGAAUCAAUCACAGCAAUAUUCUGUAGAAUUGGAGGAGCUUUUGAAAAAUAGGAAUGUGGAUAAAAUUAAAACUAUGUUUGAUGGUCGUCUGUCGUUUGGAACAGCUGGUUUAAGAGCAGCAAUGGCACCUGGUUUUAAGCGUAUGAAUGAUCUAGUUGUCAUACAAAGUGCACAAGGGAUUUUUCAUUAUAUGCAUAGUGUUUUUGGAAGUUCAUUAAACACAUCUGGUGUGAUUGUCGGAUUUGAUGGAAGAUUCAAUAGCAAAAGGUUUGCAGAAUUAACAUCAAGUGUAUUCUUAAAACAUUCCAUCAAAGUUUAUCUCAUUAAUGAAGUUUGCCCAACUCCGUUUGUAGCUUAUGGUAUUAAACAAUAUAAAUGUUGUGGCGGAAUAAUGGUAACCGCAUCACAUAAUCCCAAAGAAGACAAUGGUUAUAAAGUACUAUGGAAUAACGGUGCUCAAAUUAUUUUCCCAGAUGAUAAAAAUAUUCAAAAGAGUAUUAUUGAACACUUAAUGCCUGAAGAUGGAGUUUGGAAUACUGAAGAAAUUUAUAGUAACACCUUAUUGAUAAAUCCAUUGAUUGAUCUUCAAAAACGUUACAACAGUUUUAUUGAUGGAUUAUUAUUUCCAAAUUUGGAAAAAAAGAAAACAAAUAUAAUUUUUACUUAUACACCUAUGCAUGGUGUUGGUUAUCCUUAUAUAAGAAAUGUAUUUGAGAGUGCAAAAUUCAAUCCUGUAAUAGUUGUUGAGCAACAAAAAGAUCCAAAUCCAGAAUUCCCUACUGUACCCUUUCCAAACCCAGAAGAAGGCAAAAGUGCAUUAAAACUUGCCAUAGAAACAGCUGAAAACAAUGGAAGCCGAAUUAUACUUGCUAAUGAUCCUGAUGCUGAUCGAUUGGCUGUGGCUGAACAUCCGAUAGGUAGUGAGGGUUGGAAAAUAUUCACAGGUAAUGAAUUAGGAGCUUUAUUAGGAUGGUGGAUGAUACACUCAUAUAAAAAAAUCCAUGGUAAAACAAAUUCUAAAUUAGUUGUACUUUCAAGUACAGUAUCAUCUGCAAUACUUAAAUCUAUGGCUAAAUUAGAAGGAAUUAGAUUUGAAGAGACACUCACAGGAUUUAAGUGGAUGGGUAAUCGUGCUGAUCAGCUUGCUGCUGAAGGAUAUAAAGUAAUUUAUGCCUUUGAAGAGUCUAUUGGUUAUAUGUGUGGAAGUGAAGUUUUGGAUAAGGAUGGCAUAUCUGCAGCUGUUAAAAUUGCAGAACUAGCGAUUUAUUUAGAAAAAGAAAAUAGUACAUUGUCCUCAGCUUUAGAAUCGAUAUAUAACCAGUAUGGUUGGCAUUUAUCUAUUAACUCAUAUUUCAUAUGCAAUGAUAGUCUGACAAUAAAAAAAAUAUUUGAAUCAUUAAGAAGAGUUAAUAAUCAGCAAUGCAAUUAUCCAAAAUCGAUCCUUGGUGGACGAUAUUUAAUCAAAUCUGUUCGGGAUUUGACAAUUGGCUAUGAUUCUAAUACAAUAGAUAACAAACCAUUAUUACCCAUAUCAAAAUCUUCUCAAAUGAUAACAUUUACAUUUGAUAAUGGUUUAAUUACUACAUUACGAACAAGUGGAACAGAACCCAAAAUAAAAUAUUAUGCUGAAUUAUGUAGUGAUCCUGAAAAUUCCUCGGAUGUUAACAAACUGAAAUGUGUUUUAAAUGAAAUGGUUGAAGCAAUAAUCGAAGAAUUUUUAAAACCACAUGAAAAUUCUCUUAUUUUUCGUUGCAAUUAGCUAAAAAAUAAUGUAACUUUGCUCAUUUUAAUAAUAUAGGUAACUCCAAACCA